CCCACAUUCACAAAAGCCGCUCUUUGCCUCGUAAUGUUCUAUACGUAAAGGAACGCUUCCUUUAAUUUAAAUUUGGCGCGCUAUGCAUGCUCCACGCGCCACUCUGUUAUGACUUCAAUAUGUCAUACCAACACGAUAUUGAUGAGAAGAUCGAUUAUCGAGAGGGAACGAGAUAGAGAGAGAGACGGAUAGUAACCAGCAGUAGAAGAAGCACAUGUGAAAUUUCGUCUCGAGAUAGACGGAACUCCUGUUUUGAAGAUGGAUUCUCAAUCUACUGAAAAACCAAUGGAUUCUGGAUCUGACGUGAAAACGUCAGUAUCUGUCAAGAAGAAACGCCCUGACCGCGCCUCGCGUAAAAGAACGACUGAAGCGUUCCGCGAAAGGGUCGGAGUUAAACAGCAACAAGAACGUCGACAGAAAAUUUUUCGAAAAUAUGACUUGUUGAACGCUGAUGCGCUUGAGCUCGAGAGGACACUUACCAACAUGUCCCUCACCGUGCAAUCGUAUGCGGUCCUUUUGAUCGUGUCUACAUGGGGAGUCAGGUUCGCCGCUACUAUUGAAUACUCCAGGAUGAGGACUACCUGGAACCUUCGGGCAAUAGUAGAAAUAUGUACUAUUCAUCAGUACUACCGCGUCUGCUUGUAUCUUUUCUUUUUCUUUUUGUUUUAGGAAGACAGAAAUCCAAUUACGGACACCUGGGAAGA